AUGGCGCAUCGCAUCAUAACGCAGAUCGUCGUAGUAGGCAGCCGAGUACUCGGUCGCGCCUUUGCCGAAGCUUAUAAGCAGGCGCAAGCAUCCUCCAACUAUGCUCGAGCGCAGGCUAAGUUGAAUCCGAAUGGAGUAUCGGCUCGGGCGAGUCUCUCGAGUGGCAUGACCCUAGAUGAGGCGUGCAAGAUCCUAAACGUCAAGCCGCCUCAAGGUGGACAAGCGAAUAUGGAGGAGGUGAUGUCACGAUUCAAGAAGCUCUUCGAUGCGAACGAUCCGCAGAAGGGAGGAAGCUUUUACCUACAGAGCAAAGUCUUAAGAGCGAGGGAACGUAUAGAAGGCGAGGUCAGACCAGCGAUGGAAAAAGCUGCGCAAGAGGCGGAGAUAAAAGAGGGAUGGAAGCCUAAGAUGUAUAAGGACCGGUAG